UGCAAUUUUCGACAAAUUGUCAUGUUUAUCCUAAUUAUCCUUUUGCAUAUAUGUCUUUAAGGAGUUGAAAUUUUAAUGUACUAUUUGUGUUGGACUAUGCUAAUGUAAUAGAUCCAGCAAAAGGACUAGCUGGGUUUGACAUGAAAAUAAACCCAUACAUAAUGGACUUCAACAGUUUUGUAGUGCUGAUGAAUUUUUAAUACUCUUAAUAUAUUUAUUGUGAUACUGUAUUCAGAAGUAACUUGAAUGGAUAAUUUUGGAAAAUUAAUUUCAGAUGUAUUCCCAUGAGCACCAUGAUGUAAUGUCAACAACAGCUAUUGCUCAACUACUGUCAACAAUGCUUUAUUGGAAGAGAUUCUUUCCAUACUAUGUUUCUAACAUCUUAGCUGGCCUGGAUGAAGAAGGUAAGGGUGUUGUAUAUCACUAUGACCCUGUAGGUCACAUGGAGAAGCUCACAUUCAGUGCUGCUGGAGCAUCAGUCGCACAGAUGCAAGCCCUAUUGGACAACCAGAUUGAAGCUAAGAACAUAAAGGAUGGAAAACCACCAAAGAUGACCAAGGAACUUGCACACCAGUUAAUUCACGAUUCAUUUGUCUCUGCUGCUGAACGAGACAUCAAUACUGGUGAUGGCGUUAUCAUAUACACUAUUACCAAGGAUGGAACAACAGAAGAAACUGUUAAACUUCGAAGAGAUUAGGAAUUUCCUAAUCCUUUUGCUAUUAUGUUUGUUCAGCCUUCUCUAAUAAUACAAUUUCUAAUGUAACUGCUUCAUUAAUGUGAUUACCAGGUUUUCAUUAAUAAAUUUGUAGUUUUAA